ACCCCAGAACUAGCAGCUAAUGCCUAUACCAGAUGGAGCGGCAAUGGCAAGCCGAUCGCCCUUUGGCUAGACUGUGAUACCGGACACGAUUUUAAAUCNGAUGCCUUCGCGAUUCUUCUAGCUGCUCAUUGCCCGGCUUUGAGACUGUUGGGAAUCAGCACUAUCUAUGGCAAUGCUCCUCUGGUCAAGACGACACAAAACACUAGGUCUAUCUUGAGGGCGAUUGGCAGAGAAGAUGUGCCUGUGUAUGCUGGUGCUAGCAAGCCUUUUUGCCGUCCUGCUGCUUCUGCUCCCGAUAUCCAUGAUGGCACUACUGUUCUGCCUGAGCCUGGCGCACCGGAACGUACGGACAUGUCUGCAGUGUUGGCCAUGUACAAGGCUCUUAUAGCAGAACCACCAAAGACGGCAUGGCUCGUUGCAACCGGUUGUCUCACAAAUGCUGCGUUGCUAUUCAGCACUUUCCCUGAUGUGGUUGAUCAUAUCGCUGGGCUGACCAUCAUGGGAGGCGCCGUUGGAGGCGGGUUCACAAAUGCACCCAUGGGGUCACUUGAAGGCGAGGGAGAACGUUUUGGCAACUGGACAUUUUGGGCAGAAUUCAACAUCUACAUCGACCCGGAAUCCGCGCAAUCUAUUUUCAGCAACCCCGUGCUUGCCGCAAAGACCACAAUCGCUCCAUUGGAUCUGACGCAUCAAAUGAUUUGCCAAGAAUUGCUCUAUGGGUUUGACAAGGAAGUGGAUGGUUCGGAGGCCUCGAUUCUUCGCGUCCUGUUCAACCAGAUCCUCACCUUCUUUGCAAGUACAUACGCAGAUGUGUUUGGACUGACAGAAGGACCCCCGCUACACGAUCCUCUAGCCGUCGCGAUGUGCUUCGUCCCAGACCUCUUUGAUGACAAAGGAGGAGAAAGAUUUGCCAUUAAGGUUGUCAUUGACGGCGAACACGGUGUUGACGAGAUUGCAAGAACGACAUCUCAGUGUGGUCGUACCAUUCUGACACCGUUGAAGGCCGGCGAGGCCGGUGUACGUGUGCCUAGAGGCUUGGAUGCAGGACUCAUUUGGAGAAUUCUGGACUUGUGCUUGAAGCAGGCAGAGGGCGAGAAGCCCAAGACUAUGGCCAUGUCGGCACUGUGGAGCGUUUCCGAAGACCUGUAG